AUGCAUUUUAGAUUAAUACAUAAACUUACAGAUAACUCUGAAUAUCUUUGUUCCGAAAAAAAUUGUGGUAGAUCUUAUUUGUCAAUCAAUUCUUUUAAAAAACAUUUCAAGACACACAAUGAAAAAUCCGAUUCUGAAUCAACAUUGUCUAAUACGGAAAUUGUUGAUAAAUCCGAAGGAGGUAAUAAUCAACUGAAUCUUUCGUCCUAUGAAAAGGUUGGCAGUGCCAGAUAUAAAGACAAAAAAAUUUUGGAUCAGUCUUGUGUUGAAGAUUUGGCUGAGGUUGAAAACUUCAACAAUCUGAUAAAAAAUCAAGUUACUGUAUUAAUUACCAAACUAUAUAGUAAAAUGACUUUACCUAGGAUAUUGGUACAAGAUAUUAUUAAUGAUUUUGAGAGUUGUUUUGUUUUACCUCUGGAGGAUAUCAAAAAUAAAAUAAAUUCUUCUGAGUUCAGCAAUGGAAAUGAAAAGGUAAUGGUCCUUGAAAUGUGUAAUUCAUUGCAAAAUAUUUUUUCCGAAGUUAGUUCCGAAUAUCUCCGGUUUAAGUUUCUUGAAAAAUCUGAAAAAUUCCUGCAGCCUGAAGAGGUUACAAUAGGACAUCAUAUAAAUAUUAAUAAUUCAAAUGCUUUGAAAACUAAAGACAUUCAGUUUCAAUUCAUACCUUUGAGACACACUUUAAAAUGCUUUUUCCAAAUGGAAAAAGUUUUAGAUAUAUGCGUAGAGUACGAAAAAAACCUGCGGCUUGAACAAAAUUAUUUUUCGAAUAUUAUUCAAGGAUCUCUAUGGAAAUCAAAGAGGCCUAAUACUGAUGAUUUAGUGUUUCCUUUAUUAAUAUAUUUUGAUGAAUUCGAAGUGGGAAAUCCUCUAGGUUCUCAUUCAGGAAUUAAUAAAUUAGGAGCUGUUUAUGCAUCUGUACCCCUGAUUCCUCUUGAAUUUCAGUCGAAAUUGAGUAGUAUAUUUUUGUGCAUGCUAUUUCAUUCAAUGGAUAUUAAAGCUUUCGGAAACACUAUUUUAUUUUCACGUUUAGUUGAUGAACUGAACUUCUUAUCAACUGAAGGAAUAACUAUUGAAUUUGGUAAUACAAAAACAAAGUUGAAAUUUCAGCUCAUUUUACUUCAAGGAGAUAAUCUUGGGUUGCAUAUGUUAUUGGGAUUCAGCCAAUCCUUCAGCUCUAAUUUCUUCUGCAGAUUUUGUAGAGUCCACCGAGAUGUAAGUCUAAAAUCAGCUAAGAUUAAUGCUGAUGAACGACGAACAAAAGAAAACUAUGAAGCUGAUUUAUCUUUGAAUAAUGUAAGCCUAACUGGAAUCAAAGAAUCAUGUAUUUUCAAUAACGUGAAUAAUUAUCAUAUUAUGGACAAUUCAUAUUGCGAUUUAAUGCAUGACUUACUAGAAGGAGUCUGUAAAUAUACUUUUGGACUCAUUUUACAUGAACUUAUUGUUUCAAAAAAGUAUAUAAGUUUUGAUUUAUUUAAUUUGAAAUUCAAAUACUUCAAUUAUGGAGUAGAGUCUAAAAACCAGCCACCAUUGAUUUCUUUAGAUAAUAUAAAGAAUAAACAAAUUCGAUUAUCUGCAUCUGAAGUUCUAUGUUUAACUAGAUAUUUUGGUGUAAUUUUAGGACCAUUUAUCCCAAAAAAUAAUAUUUAUUGGAAACUGUAUCAGUUGCUUCAUGAAAUAGUUUCUAUAAGUACCAGUUUUGAACUUGACAAAGAAAUUGUGAAUUAUUUGGAAAAAAAGAUAAUUGAACAUCAUAAGCUUUUUCUCAGAUUGAAUGAUAUUCCCCGAUUCACCCCGAAAUUUCACUUUCUGUUACACCUUCCCUCCAUAAUAUUGCAAACUGGCCCACCCGUACAUUUGUGGACUAUGAGGUAUGAAUCGAAACAUAAAGAGUUAAAGUCUAAUGCUAAUGUAGUUAGCUCUAGAACUAACAUUUGCAAAACUUUAGCAAUUAAAUCUCAGUUGAAAGCAUGUGAACUGUAUAUUUCUGGUAGAGGUCUAGAAAGUAAAAUAUCAACAGGAAAAUCUGAGAAUUUUCCAGAUAUAAUUGUGAGUAGUAUUAAAGAAAGAACCAAAAUUUUAUUGGUUGAAAAUAACUUUUUGAUUAACAUUUCUCGAGUUCCCUCAGUGACAUAUCGUGGUGUGAAAUUUCAGAAAGGAAACAUAAUAUUAGUAUCUGUGAAAGAUAACUAUAGUCCUAUUUUUGGAAUGAUCGAAGAAAUAUUUUUCAAUGGUAAACAGAACAUUGCCUUUAUUUUCAAAAAUAUGCAAACUAUUACUUUUGAUAGGCAUUUAAUGUCUUAUAAGGUUAUGCCAUUAUCAGAUAUCAAUUUGAUUACUACAAACUGUUUACCUUAUAGGUAUCCUUUACUUUAUACGAUAAUGAAUGAAUCUGAGAAAUAUGUAACCUUAAGGUAUUCUGCCAUUUUGACAAAUAAGACAAUUUACAGAUGUUAG